AUGGUUUCCCUCAAGCAGUUGACCCUCAUGGCACCUCUCCUCCUCGGAGUCGUCGCCGCCGCCCCCGCCGCCUCCGACUCCGACAUCGCCGUCCGCGGUGAGUUCGACGCCGCCGAGCUCAUGAUGGAGACCCGCGACGAGGAGGACUUUGAGCUCGAGACCCGCGCCGACAAGAAGGCCGCCGCCAAGGCUCCUGCCCCCAAGAAGACCGAGGCCAAGAAGGAGGCCACCAAGGCCACCUCCAAGAAGACCGAGGGCAAGAAGGAGAAGACCGCCACCAAGGAGAAGUCCGUCUCCGGCAAGAAGGAGAGCACCAAGAGCUCCAAGAAGGAGAAGACCGGAACCGAGUCCUCCAAGAAGGAGAAGAACUCCAAGGGCUCCAAGUCCGCCUCCAAGGAGGUUGACGGCAAGAAGGCCAAGAACUCCAAGACCUCCAGCAAGGAGAAGUCCGUCUCCCACAAGGAGAAGAACUCCAAGACCUCCAAGAAGGAGGGCUCCAAGACCAAGUCUGCCUCCAAGACCGAGGGCAAGAAGGGCUCCAAGUCCGUCAAGGCCUCUGGCAAGAACGCCGCCUCCAAGAACAAGCACUCCAAGACUGCCAACGGCAAGAAGGCUGUGAAGGCUGGCAAGAACUCCAAGACCGCCCACGGCAAGAAGACUGGCAAGGGCGUCAAGGCUGGCAAGAAGACCGCUCACGGUAAGAAGGCCAGCAAGGGCGUCAAGGCCGGUAAGAAGUCUGCUCACGGCAAGAAGACUGCUCAUGGCAAGAAGUCCGGCAAGGGCGUCAAGGCUGGCAAGAAGUCUGCUCACGGCAAGAAGACUGCUGGCAAGCACUCCAAGACCGCCCACGGCAAGAAGAACGGCAAGGGUGUCAAGGCUGGCAAGAAGACUGCUCACGGCAAGAAGACCGCCCACGGUAAGAAGACUGCUGGCAAGCACGCCUCCAAGACCGCUCACGGCAAGAAGACUGCCCACGGCAAGAAGACCGCCGGCAAGCACGCUUCCAAGAACUCCAAGACCGCUCACGGAAAGAAGACUGCUCACGGCAAGAAGACCGCCGGCAAGCACGCUUCCAAGCACUCCAAGACCGCCCACGGCGAGAAGACUGCUCACGGCAAGAAGACUGCCGGCAAGCACGCCUCCAAGAACCACGGCUCCAAGGCCUCCAAGCACUCCGAGGAGUCCGAGUCCACCCACCGCCAGUCUCACUCCGAGUCCUCCCACUCUGAGGAGUCUGAGGAGUAA